CCCACUUACUUCCUUCGACCGAGCGCACACGCACGCACACACACACACACACACACACACACACACACUCAGAGCUGCCAAAAAUUUCCAACCUCCGCCCCCCUCCCGAGCUGACUUCCUUCCAGCGCUUCCUGAGCUGGACGAUCCUGGGAUUCGUAAGACAGGAAAAAAAGAGAGAGAGAGAGAGAGAAGGGCCGGCGCGAGGGCGGGCGAGGGGACGGGAUGCUCGCCGCCCGGGGUCCCCCAGCGGUCUGAAGGCAGAGCGCGGGCCUAGGGCGGAGCGCGCACACUCACAGCCCUGGGGCGGUCCCCUCGCCCGCCGCCGCCGCCGCCGCGCCCGGCUCCUCGCACGGCUCGGCGGGAGAAGCGCCGGGAGACGCCGCGCCAGCGCGAGGAAGGAGGCGACAGCCGCCCGGGGCGGUGCAAGCCCGACCCGCGCGCGCCCGUGCAGACCCGCGGCGCCGCCCUGGCCCGCUGACCCGACCCCGGGACCCUCGUGAGCGGCGCGGAGCAGAGAGCGGAGCCGGAGGGGCAGCCUCGGCGGGACUAACUCAUGAAGAACAAGGGUGCCAAGCAGAAGCUGAGACGAAAGGGCGCCGCCAGCGCGUUUGGAUGUGACCUGACGGAGUAUCUGGAAAGCUCGGGACAGGAUGUUCCGUAUGUGCUGAAGAGCUGUGCUGAAUUUAUAGAGACCCACGGCAUUGUGGAUGGAAUCUACCGCCUCUCAGGUAUCACCUCAAACAUCCAGCGGCUGAGGCAAGAGUUUGGCUCAGAUCAAUGUCCAGAUCUGACGCGAGAAGUGUACCUCCAAGACAUCCACUGCGUGGGCUCCCUGUGCAAGCUGUACUUCAGGGAGCUGCCCAACCCUCUCCUGACCUACGAGCUCUAUGAGAAAUUCACCGAAGCAGUAUCUCAUUGCCCGGAAGAAGGCCAGCUGGCCCGAAUCCAGAAUGUUAUCCAGGAGCUCCCCCCGCCCCAUUAUAGGACCUUGGAAUACCUGAUCCGGCACCUGGCCCACAUCGCUUCAUUCAGCAGCAAGACCAACAUGCACGCCCGGAACCUGGCCUUGGUGUGGGCCCCAAACCUCCUCAGGUGUAAAAAAAUCGAAGCCACUAUUUGCAAUGGAGAUGCCGCCUUUUUGGCAGUCCGCGUCCAGCAGGUGGUGAUCGAGUUCAUACUGAAUCAUGCUGAUCAAAUCUUCAGCGGAGGUGCUCCAGGGGCCCCACAGCAGGACGAAAGCCGCACCAUCACGAAGAGCCUGACCUUGCCAGCUCUGUCCCUGCCCAUGAAGUUGGUAAGCCUGGAGGAGGCUCAGGCCCGAAGCCUGGCAACAAAUCACCCUGCUCGGAAGGAAAGACGAGAGAACAGCCUGCCGGAGAUUGUCCCUCCCAUGGGCAGCCUCUUCCACACAGUCCUCGAGUUACCAGACAAGAGAAAGCUUUCCAGCAAAUCAAAGAAGUGGAAAUCGAUAUUUAACCUGGGGCGUUCUGGAUCGGACUCUAAAUCCAAGCUGAGCAGGAAUGGGAGUGUGUUCGUGAGAGGACAGAGGCUUUCAGUGGAGAAGGCUACUAUCCGACCAGCUAAAAGCAUGGACUCACUGUGUUCAGUGCCUGUUGAAGCAGGCAAAGAAAGCAAAGGAAACUUCAAUCGAACAGUCACCACUGGUGGGUUUUUCAUUCCAGCCACAAAAAUGCACGCGAGCAGCGCCGGCAGCUCCUGUGACCUCAGCAAGGAGGGUGAAUGGGGUCAGGAGGGGAUGCCGGCCGGGGCCGAGGGGGGCUGCGAGGUGGGCGGUCAGAUCCGACCCCUGCCUGAGCAGCUGAAGGUGUUCCGCCCCGUCGGAGACCCUGAGAGCGAGCAGUCGGCCCCGAAGCUCCUGGGGAUGUUCUACACCUCCAGCGACAGUCCCAGCAAAUCCGUCUUCACCAGCAGCCUGUUCCAGAUGGAGCCCUCACCGCGCCACCAGCGAAAGGCGCUCAACAUCUCCGAGCCCUUCGCCGUGUCUGUGCCGCUCCGCGUGUCCGCCGUCAUCAGUACCAACAGCACCCCGUGCAGAACACCCCCGAAGGAGCUGCAGUCCCUCUCCAGCCUAGAAGAGUUUUCUUUCCAAGGAUCAGACAGCGGGGGCUGGCCAGAAGAAGAGAAGCCUCUGGGCGCUGAGCCUUUUCCAGCUUCUGUCACUAAGAAGGCAGCUGCCGAGGACACCAGGCCAGAACCUGAAGCUCUGGGGACAGCAGAAUGCAGCCAAGGCCCUCCCCUGGACCCAGGUGCCCUAGUGGAGAAGAAAGCCUUGGAUACAUCCCUGGGCUCUCAGCUUUCAAGGGAACCAGAGAAGAGGCCAAAUGCAGAGAAGGUGGAGGAGGAGAACCAGGGGGCUGACCAGCUGAAGCCCACCGCUCCACAGGAGAGCCUCGGGGCCAGGGCUGGAGCAAUGCUUCUCCACGAGAUGGAUGAAGAUGACCUAGCUCAGGCCCUGAUCUGGCCCGAGAUUCAACAGGAACUGAAAAUCAUCGAAUCAGAGGAGGAGCUCUCAACAUUGCCACUCCCUGCUCAGAAGACAAGCCCGAUUAUCCAGUCAAGUCCAGCCCCAUUUCCCUUCCCAGAGGCCCCCGGGAGCUCCCUUUGUAGCUCUGCACCUCUGGAGGUAUGGACUAGGGACUCAGACAAUCAGAGCACACAGGAGGCUGCUGUCCUCACCAACAGAGAGAAUCUGGAGCCAGUCUGCAGUCCCCCUAGAUCAGGGUCUGAGCAGGGGCUCAGUCCAGUCCCAGCCAGUCUAGAGCCUCUGGAAAUACUUCUGUUUGAGAAGAUGUCUUCUCCAGCUAGGAUAGAGAGAGGAGGCCCAAGAAAUCUCUCUCCCCCACUCCCUCCCGCUCCUCCUCCUCCAACUCCUCUGGAGGAGGAGCCUCAAGUCUUGCUGUCAAAGGAAACUCCUGACCGAGAAGAUGCCUCCAGGGAUUGCAGGACAGAGCCCUACACAGAGCAGCCAACCCCCAGGGAUAGCCCUGCCAACCCUAGCCUCUGUCAGAGAGAGGAGGCCAAUGCAGACCCCAGUGAGAAGCAUGUUGCUCCUGAGAGCGAAGGUCCUGCUCUUCCAAGCCCAACAAAGGAGGCUGAGGUCACCCCACAAGAAGAGGGGGAUGCUCCUCAUUCAGCCCAAGAGCCUUCGGACUGUGACGAAGAUGAUACUGUGACAGACGCUGCUCACCAUGGCCUGGAAAUGGUAGAGCCCUGGGAGGAGCCCCAGUGGGUGACCAGUCCCCUUCAUUCUCCCACCCUGAAAGAAGUUCAGGAGUCCCAGAUGCAUGGCUCCCAGGGACACCGACUGGAGAGGAGACUUCGCCACAGGCCCAGCCUUCGCCAGAGCCAUUCUCUAGAUAGCAAAACCACUGAUAAGAGCCACUGGACUCUCGAGGUUCCCUUCUCCAGCAGUUGUGCUAAUCUUGAAGCGGAGAGGAACUAUGAGCCUCUGCAGUCCCCAGCAGCCAGGAUCAAGAUUGCUGGAUGGGAGGAGAAAGCUCUAAAAGCCUUCCGAGAGUUCUCGGGUCUGAAAGGGUUAGAAGCUCUUCCCAGCCAGAAGGGACCAUCUGGUAUACCACCCAAGCCAGUAGAGACCAACUUCAUCAGCCUGGCAGAGGAGAAGGAGCAGGGACCACAACUGGGACUCAGAAACCCUCAGAUGAAACCCAGUGAUGUUCCCAGGCCAGACAGCAGCGAGGAGAGUUCACCUACAGCUCAAGACGGCACGUCACCUGAGGAGUAUCACCUACAGUUACAACUGAAGAGCUCUGAGUGUGGGCCCUCCAAAGGGAAACACAGGCCUUCUUCCCUCAACUUGGACUCUGCCACUCCCAUCACCGACCUGUUCCGACUUGAGAAUGGGGCUUCCUUUAGUUCACCCGGAAUAGAGCUCUCUGAACGAGGAGACACCGAGGUCACCUGGAUGACCUCCUCUCACUGUAAGGCAGCCCCCUGGAGUUCCCAGGACACCCAGGACCUGGACAUUGUUGCCCAUGCCCUGACAGGCCGCCGGAACUCGGCUCCCGUGAGCGUGUCAGCUGUGAGAACCUCUUUCAUGGUGAAAAUGUGUCAGGCCAAGGCAGUCCCUGUCAUCCCACCCAAGAUUCAGUACACACAGAUCCCACAGCCCCUGCCCUCUCAGAGCACCGGGGAAGGAGGGGUACAGUCUCUGGAGAGGAGCCAAGAAGAACCGGGCUCAACCCCUGACACCCCUCAGAAACCCACCAAAGAUGAUUCUCCCUCCUCCUUGGAAAGCCCGAAGGAAGAGCAACCAAAGCAAGAGUCAGGAGCCUUUGCAUCCAGUAGGAAGGACAGCACUACAUCCUGCACCUGUGAGGGGUCCUUCUGCGCCCCAGAACCAGGUGUAUCCGCUCCGCCCUCCACACAGGAUGCAAUGGUGCAAUGCAGAAAGCGCACAUCAGAGACAGAGCCUUCAGGAGACAACCUUCUUUCUUCAAAACUGGAGCGAGCGUCUGGGGGUCCGAAACCAUUCCACAGGUCAAGGCCAGGAAGACCUCAGAGCCUAAUCUUAUUCCCCAUCAUGGACCACCUACCCUCCUCACCCACAGUGAUAGAUUCCAAGGUCCUACUGUCCCCCAUCAGAAGCCCCACUCAGACAGUUUCCCCUGGCCUUCUCUGUGGGGAGUUGGCAGAAAACACAUGGGUCACACCAGAAGGGGUUACGCUUAGGAAUAAAAUGACCAUUCCUAAGAAUGGCCAAAGACUUGAGACUUCAACAAGCUGUUUUUACCAGCCCCAGCGGAGAUCCGUGAUUCUGGAUGGAAGAAGUGGAAGGCAAAUAGAGUGAGACCAGCUGACCUGUUGGUGUCUGCAAGCAUGUCAGGUUCAUCUGCAAGUUACAGGGUCAACUGGCCACUUGCCAGGCACAAGUUAUCUGAAUUUGGGCCUAAUUUGGCCUCUGACCACCACCUCUCCCCCAUACCCUCCCUGUCUCUUCUUUGUCUUUGACCAUGCAUGAGUCUAUUUGCCAGAAGAGUGGUCAAGACAAGGACCAAAAAAGUGAUAUUUAAGUAAGUCCACAUGAGCAAGUGGGGAAGGUUAGGCAAGGGAAGAGGAUGGAAUGCUUGCCUCCAGUGAAAAUUGGGGCUCAUCUGUGAGUCAAGUUACUCCUCCAUUACCUUUAUCUAUUACUGUCAAGAGCUGAGUGUGAUAGUAUCCCUUGAAAGAAAAAUGUUUUGCCUGAGUCAGAAAAAGCUUCCUGUUUCAAUUGAAGGCUUCUUCAUGCUUUUUUUUUUCAGUGCUCUUUAAAGCAUGUUUUUAGACAAGUUUUCUAAUAAGCUUUGUGAAAGUAUAUUACCCUCAAAUCUGAAAAUGCAAACUAACAUGCACUUGAGAUUUCCAGGUGGGGAGCUUCCUCGUGCCCUUUCCCUGGGGUUACUGCAGACCUGCCCAAGGUCAUCUAUGAAUCAGCGUGCAGAAUCAGAAUCUGUACCGAGGAGCAAAGCCUCAGUCUGGCACCAACAACAAACACUUCUUGGUGCCAGCUUUACUGUGCCCCCAGCUGCCACUGUGCUGAACCCUGAUCCACAAACCCAGCAGCCAGGAGACUGGGUACCGAGCUGGGGACUAGGAAGUCAUGUAGGAAUGCAGGAGUGACAAGUCUGCUUUCUUAAUAGUACGGGAAUCCAAGGGCUACACAUGUAGAGGAAAGGCCUCACAGAAAGUCAUGACUUCAUUGCAGACCUGACGUGUUCACACUGUUCAGGCAUUAGGGGAGAGAAAAAUCUAGCUCAGCUUCACUCUCUUGAUACUAGCCUUUCUGGGCCCAGCAGGACAGGUGAGGCGGCAAGGAGGAGCCCCAGCUGAGUGGCUGUCACUGUCAUUCAUUGUCCUCGAAACAUGCAUUGCCUUUAGCCAGCGGCUCCCUUCCUUUUGCCUCCUCUCACCAUUACUCAAGGGCACCUCUCUUUGUCUUCAUUCCCCCUGUCCACUAUCCACCUAGGCACUCAAACUGCUCUUUGACUGUCUAGACCCAAACAGAUGUAAUAAACCAAUCUGAUGUUCUUUACCCCUGCCUGGGAGGUCUCUGGUGCUUCCCCUCAAAGGCUUAUCAGGAAACUUGUCAGAUCCCAGCCUGGGUGAACUCGGUUCAGAAGCUCAGUCAUUGCACAAGUUUCUCUGAAGACUAGCAGUGCCUCUGGGCUGACUCCACAAAGCCAGUACAGGCCUAGGGAGCUAAGCUGAAGUCAUCUCCCGUGGAAUGUGGAAGCUGGUGCCAGAUCUCAUGUUCCCUCCUCCCCUUCCCUGGGCAACCUUCAGGAUUUGAAAUCUUGCCCUGUUGCUUUCAAGUCAGUGCCUGGGGCAGGGAUAACUAGCUAGUCAACUAACAGUGAGCCCACAUGGGAGAGCAAGGAGAGCAGCGAAUAGGCCUUCAGUCUUUGCUUUCUCAUUAGACGAGGAAAGCACUGGGCCAACAGCCACUGGGAUGUCAAGCCACAUGAAGUCUUAGAACACAGCAUUUCCCCCUAGUCACAAAAGGCGAAGAAAUAUGGUGUCAAGAGAUGAGAAAGGCCAUGGUCUGGAGAUUUGAAAAGUGCAUCUCUGCCGUAUCAAGAAACGUGGCAGACAAGCUUCAUGCCAGGCUCAGUGUACUUGUAUGAUAAAGACUUGUUCCACUUAGAAUGUGAGUGGAAAAGAGCCGCACUUUGGGUUAGAACUAAGCCAAGUACCAAAACACUGAAACUACUUCGUCCUAAGUUUUCUAAUUCUUCUAGGAUGUACUUUUAUUGGGGGGUAGACAGAGAAGCCAUCAUUUACACACUGACAAGUGACUUCAGUGCUAGGCUGAUUUCUAAAAUGACUGCCAUGUUCUCCUAGACACCAUUCAUUUAUGACAUCACCUGCAGGAAAAUGAGCAUGUGGGUAUCCACAUGGCCCAUUGACACCUUUUUGAAAAUACUUCAAGUUUUCUCAGCAAGUCCAUUUCAGAAGGGCUUGGAAUCUUCUCAGUUUCCUGCUUCUCAAGUGCAGGCCCCUAUCAACUGUCACACACACUGUCAUAAAUGUCAUGGCCUGGGUGAGCCUGGCACUGAUGAAAUCCCAUUUUAUGACAAAGAAAUUGUUUAUCAAGACACCCUGGGGUUGCCAUUUGGCCACCACUUGGGGCUCUCAUAUUAGACUCCUGAAAAUGGCCAAGCGGGAAUCAGGCUGCUUACUUUCAUCCAGGAUCAGGAAGAAGAACCACUGUCGUCAGGACCUGCUGAUAAGCCACGAAGAACAGCAAAGUCAGUCUUCAGAACAACUGCCAGUCCUCAAAAUGGGGUAGCUCAUCUCAAAGACCAAGGUUCAAAAGAAAGGCAUAUGCCUAUACUUUUUUUUUUGGCAUAUUAUCUUUGCUUAAGAUGAUCUGUAUUUAUUUACAAAACAGUCCUCCCUGGACGUUUUUUUUUUUUCUUUGCCAAAACAAGCUGGAAAAAGAACAUUUACUUUUUACUUUCUACUCUUAGAAUAUGAAAACACCCAACCAAGACCAAGGCUUCAUUAUGAAAUACACUACUAGUUUAAUCUAAGCCUAAAAGUUCAGAAUAUUGCCCAAGUCAAAAUUAUGGAUUCUGGAGACACUAAAAAUGUAGAUGUCAACACCCUCACCAAGUACUUCUCAAAUGCUUGCUAACAGGGCACUAGGUAACUUAGCACUCCUGAAAAGCAUGGACCGGUUUAGAUCUACCAUUAGAUACCAAGCAGAGGCAGAAAGCAGCAACUAGCACCUUUCCAUAGGACUGUUAACAGUAGUCAAAUGACCUACUAAUUUUCAAUAAUCCAAUCAAGCAAAACUGCAAAUCCAAUAAAAUAUGUCAGUGAGAUACUUGGGUGUUGAGAACUUUGUUUUUAGCAAUCAGAGUGAAAAUGAACUAAGUCUUUCUGAUGGUUUGCAUGGUCCUCAUUGGUUUUAAGGUUAACAGUUAGAUGUCUACUUAUAAACCAAGAAGGAUCUGAUUCCACAUACCUUCAGAAUGAUUUGAGACUUCGAUCACCAAAAGAUAAUUUCUGCUGUUGAUGAAGUCACAGAAAGGCCCAACCUGAACUGUUAAUGUAGUGUUUAGCACACAGCAGUCUACCAGGCCUUAGGUUCCUACCUUAAGGAGCCCUGGAGAAUUUAAGACUUACUUGUCUAGGACUGCAAUGGAAGAAGUUUCCAGAAGGUCCAAUUCCUGCUUAGAUUGACUGGAACUAUCUUCUACCAAAACUGGUCCUACCUGAUGACAUAUCUUUGGGUCUGCUGCCCAGGUGUGUGAAUUCAGGCAUUUCAGGGAGGAAAAGUCAAGUCAAAAUGUGUAAUCACAAAGAACAUGCCCUCUUUUACCAGCAUCCUGCCUAGCUAAACAGGGUUGGAAGAGGGGGCAAAUGCACCUUUCUAGGCAAGAGGAGAGGGAGCUGGCAGAAGGGUGAUUGGCUGAGACCAGCACCAGUCCAGGCAAUGUAAAAUGAUUGGCACACAGACCACUUAGCUUGAGGUCCAUGAGCAAUGCAGGGACUGGUUGUCAAUGUGGGUCAGAGAGGAGGUAGCUGAUGUAAGAAGCCAUGAAUCCAGUCACAUGCAUUACUGGCUGAACCCCAACGCUCUGAAUCGAUGUAAUGCCAUUGUCCUUUCUGGCUUAUGAUUCUGCAGAGUAAAGCACUUUUUCAAAAGCCCCCAUUGGCAGCCAUAUGAUUGCAAGUUGUUUUUGAACUCUACAAAUGUUUCCAAAGAUAUAAUCAAAAUGUUUUCUAUUCAUUAAAAAAAAUAUAUAUAUUAAACCUACCCAGAGACAUUUAAGUGUAAUUAAAACAGAUUGUUAUGCUUUAAAAUGUACUCUAAUAAAUCAUAUAAAGUAAAAUUCUUGGGCUGGAACUAUUGGGUAGAGGACAUGGGUCAGCAGAAUCAACACACAUUAAAGUAUCGUGAUCUCAGA